AUCAAGCCUCAGAGCGCUGUUGCCUCGCUGUUUGAUCUUGUUGUUUGGAUUUCUGACUAUUAGAAUCGCCGAUAUUUGCCGGAAUGCACGUGUAGUCUCUCUGUGGUUGGACCUCUGAACGCGAUUUCAUCCAUUGAACUUGAAUCGGAAAAUGAUCGCGUUGAGAAUGCUCGGCUCUGAGCCAUCGACUCGUUACGAUUCAGCCACUCCACGGGCAAACAGGUUGGCCACUAUGUAGACGGUUCGCGUUGCUCGCUGUGACGGUACCCAUUUAAACUAUCACCGAUACAAAAAUGCCAGCAAGGAAGGGACUGUUAGCACCGCAGAAUACUUUUUUGGAUACCAUAGCCACUCGUUUCGAUGGAACCCACAGCAAUUUCGUCCUUGGCAAUGCCCAGGUUGCAAAUGGUUACCCUAUCGUCUACUGUUCCGAUGGAUUCUGUGAACUUACGAACUAUUCUCGAGCCGAAGUCAUGCAAAAAGGAUGUGCCUGUAAAUUCCUGUACGGCGCGCAAACCGACGAGGACAAAAAAGAAGAGAUUGAAAAUUCACUUGAACAUAAACAAGAACUUAAAACGGAGGUCAUGUUCCAAAAAAAAAGCGAAACUCCUUUUUGGUGCUUACUGGACAUCGUACCGAUUAAAAAUGAAAAAGGAGAAGUAGUUCUUUUUCUUGCGUCUUUUAAGGAUAUCACGAAAACGAAAGUAACCAACAUGGAAGAAGACAAAAGUAGCGAAGCUGAGUUCAGUGACGAUGAAGAGGAGGCCAUUAGGCAAAGAUAUCUUCGAGGGCGUGGAGGUAAAACACCCAACGGAUCGGGAAAACAGUUUAAUUACCAAAGACGACGGAGUCGAGCAGUAUUGUAUCACUUAUCAGGGCAUCUUCAAACAAAACAAAGGAAAAAAAGAAAAUUAAAUCUCAGUAAUAACCUCCUUGCUCCUACGAAGAGGUCAACCUUACCAGAGUACAAACUAGCAACUGUGAAAAAGUCUAGAUUCAUUCUUUUGCAUUAUAGUACUUUCAAAACGGUGUGGGAUUGGCUAAUACUUUUAGCAAUGUUUUAUGUUGCCAUUGUCGUGCCGUAUAAUGUGGUUUUCUACAAGGAAAAAAAUACGGAUAGUACAGCUAUUUAUACUGACCUUAUAGUUGAAUUCCUUUUUAUAUUUGACAUCGUUCUAAACUUCCGCACAACAUACGUCAGUGAGUCGGGCCAAGUUGUAUAUACACCAAGGGCUAUAACUAUUCACUAUCUUAAAAGCUGGUUUUUUAUUGAUCUUUUGGCUGCAAUACCUCUUGAUUUACUUUAUUUGGCAAAAAUCAAUACGGGUACUGGUGCUAUGUAUUUACUGAAACUUGUUCGUCUUCUACGGGUUGCAAGGCUAUUACAAAAAAUGGAAAGAUAUUCUAACUACAGCGCAGUUGUUAUAUCCUUCCUUAUGUGUAUGUUCGCUUUGGUGGCGCAUUGGUUGGCGUGCGUAUGGUACGUGAUUGGCCAGCAAGAGUUACAGAAUGCAGACCAUGCCACAGCAGGUUGGAUACACGAUCUGGUCCACGAUCUUAAUUUACAUUGGCCUAACGCCACCAACGUUGAUGACCUGUAUAUCACAUCAUUGUAUUACACAUUAAGUACUAUCACCAGUGUCGGCUUUGGGAAUGUGUCAGCUGAUACGAAUAACGAAAAAAUAUUCACAAUUGUCAUAAUGCUAAUUGGAGCUCUCAUGCAUGCCGUAAUAUUCGGUAAUGUGACUGCGAUUAUCCAACGUAUGUACUCUCGAAGAGCUCUCUACCAAGCUCGGGAACGAGACUUGAAGGAUUUUACGAGAUCACAAAACAUUCCAAAGCCAUUAAAAAGGAGGAUAAUGGAGUAUUUUAUGACACUGUGGUCCAUGACAAACGGAAUUGACGCGCACGAGAUGUUACGAGAUUUCCCGGAAGAGCUGCGAGCAGAUAUAUGCAUGCACCUUCAUAAAGAAAUACUGUCCCUUCCAAUUUUUGAACUCGCAAGUGCUGGCUGCUUGAGAUCCCUUUCGCUUCACAUAAAAACUAGUUUUUGUGCUCCCGGGGAGUAUCUCAUACAUAGAGGUGAUCCCCUUAACUCAAUUUGGUAUCUUCUAAACGGGUCCAUGGAAGUGCGACGAGAUGGCAUGGUUGUUGCAAUAUUAGGAAAGGGCGAUUUGUUCGGGUGUGACCUAUCGACGGAAAUCGACACAGUGGUCCAGUCUAAUGGUGACGUCCAUGCGUUAACGUACUGCGAUCUCCAAUCUUUGAACAGGUCAGGUUUAUCAGAAGUUCUCACUAAUUACCCGGAGUACGCUGCAAAGUUUGCACAGGAGAUUUUGCACGACCUCACCUACAACCUCAGAGAAGGAUACGACCCGGAUCGCGAGGACGACGAUAUUAAACCCAGCUCUGAGAAUGAACUUAACGGGUUGCAUUCCCACCUGCCGUCAAUUUCCGAAGACGAAGAAUACGAAGAAGACGAUGAAGACGAAGAUGAUUCCGAUGAUGACAACAGUACAGGAUCACCAGCAUCUUUAAAAAGAGAAGGUGUAACGAGGCUGGAAAUUCCAAAUGUUCCCUACGCGCCCUCUACCGGUGGGCCCAGUGGGGAUCUCAGUCCAAGGUUCGUUGAUGGCGUUGAGGACGAUAACAAUCAGUAUAAAAACAAGACGUUUGAUUUUCCAUUGACCAAGCUACCCACGAGCUCGAGGAAUCGAAGCCCUGUCCUUGUAAGAGCGAGGACUCGACCCGGAAAUUGUCAACAGGACAGCGCAGUAAAACCAAAUUGCCCACCACGUCAGCUAUAUCAGGGGAACAGAGCAGACUCUACGGAAUCUAUAGCGGGAGCCGAACUGAAGCAAGAAGUAGAGUAUACGAGAAACAGUGUUGAAAGGUUGGAUAAGCAGGUAUCAACCUUGAGUCAGGAUGUUGCCAGUUUAAGCCAGGACUUGCGAUCAGUCAUUCGCCUUUUGCAGAUGUCAACGCCCCCACCUGUUGGUGCAAAUGAUCCGGACAGCUUAAGCAAUGUGCCAAAAACUCAAAAUACACAAGGAAACAACGCAAACCGACAAAGUGCACUUCAAGAGACUUCUUUUCCGUUACGGACUGCCUCUGACGGAUCAGCGGGUUCCAGACCCUCUUUGAUCACACAACGCUCAGGUACUUCGACGCCGCCCAGUGUCUCGUCUGGGAGCGGCGUUUGGCAAAAACGAGAUGCCUUUGUAAGGAGGAGGGACUCGCAUCCACCGUUGAAGCCAGUCAAAAGUACGAACCUAGAUGAAACACUCAAGAACGAUAGCCAAGAUGAAACGAGUGUCACUGGGUUAGAGAGCGACGGGUAUGAUGAUUCCGAAUGUAGUGGCACAGAUCUAUAGUAACACAGAAGAUCCUUUCUCAUUUACAUACACAGCAUAUUCUUUUUUGAUACAUUUAAAAUGUGUCAGUGAUUUGCUUUAAUUAUUGAAGCGAAGGUGUCUUUCAUCUUUUCAGUGUGAAGUGUUGCAUAGGUAA